CCGCGACGUCCAACAGUGAAGACGCGCAGUAGUUGAUGUAACGUCGUCAAGCAACGUGGUCGCACGAUCCCCAUCAAUGACGCCUGGAACUACCGCCGCCAAAUUUCAAAGAAAAGUCGCAGCCAUGUUGCCAAAGAGCAGCCACUAGCGUGUGCCGUUCAGCUGUACGAUGGUGGUCACCAACGGGCAGGAUGAUCAGAACGGCAGCAACGAGUUCGAUCGGAAAACCAACAGCACCGCGGACGUGGGAGGGGAAGCAGCGGCGGGAGGCGGUGAGAACAAUUGCAAGCAAUCCCCGUGCAAGAACUCUGGUAACAAAGAAACAUCGAAAUUGGCCUACAAGCCGAACAAGGACAACGUUACCAGGGUGGUGGUGGUGGGUCUGACGCCGGAGAGGAGACGGGAGACGUGGAACAAGAAAGUCGAGUUCCUCUUGGCAGUCGUCGGGUUCGCGGUAGACCUGGGCAACGUCUGGAGGUUCCCGUACAUUUGCUACCAGAAUGGAGGGGGUGCCUUUCUCAUUCCGUACACGAUAAUGCUCAUUUUCGGCGGUCUUCCGCUGUUUUAUAUGGAACUAGCGCUAGGACAAUUUCACAGAAGCGGCUGCCUUACCAUAUGGAAACGGAUAUGUCCAGCUUUGAAAGGGGUCGGAUAUGCGAUAUGCCUCCUGGACAUCUACAUGGGCAUGUACUACAACACGAUCAUCGGCUGGGCGGUCUAUUAUCUCAUCGCUUCCUUCACCUCGGAACUGCCCUGGACUAAGUGCAACAACGCGUGGAACACUAGGGACUGCAGACCUGUCACCAAACUCAACUCCAAUGUCAAUUCAACAACACCCGCGAAAGAAUUUUUCGAGAGGGAGGUUUUGGAGCAAUACAAAUCGGACGGUCUCGAUCGGAUGGGACCCAUAAAACCCGCGCUUGCGCUUUGCGUUUUCGCGGUAUUCGUUUUAGUCUACUUUUCGUUAUGGAAGGGAGUACGCAGUACCGGAAAGGCAGUGUGGAUAACGGCACUCGCGCCUUAUAUCGUCCUCAUCAUCCUGCUGGCACGUGGAGUGACGUUGCCGGGUGCGGUGGAGGGUAUCCGGUACUAUCUCACCCCCGAGUGGCACAAACUGUACAAUCGGAAAGUGUGGAUAGACGCCGCGUCGCAGAUCUUCUUCUCCUUGGGUCCGGGCUUCGGAACGUUGCUGGCUCUCUCCAGUUACAACAAGUUCAACAACAACUGCUACCGCGACGCCGUGAUCACUUCCACCAUCAAUUGCUUGACGAGCUUUUUGGCCGGUUUCGUGAUAUUCUCCGUGCUAGGUUACAUGGCCCACGUCCAGCACAAGAGUAUCGAGGAAGUGGGCCUGGAAGGUCCGGGACUCGUGUUCAUCGUUUACCCGGAAGCGAUAGCGACCAUGAGCGGCUCGGUGUUCUGGUCCAUCAUAUUUUUCCUCAUGCUCAUCACCUUGGGCUUGGACAGCACCUUUGGCGGUUUGGAAGCAAUGAUAACCGCCCUCUGCGACGAAUACCCGAGGGUGUUGGGCAGGAAUAGGGAGGUGUUCGUCGCGGUAUUGCUGACCGGUAUUUACAUCUGUGCCUUGCCUACCACUACCUACGGUGGUGUCUAUCUCGUAAACAUGUUAAACGUCUACGGUCCUGGGCUAUCCAUUUUGUUCGUGGUGUUCGUGGAGGCGGCCGGAGUCUGUUGGCUCUACGGAACGGACAACUUCUCCAGGGACAUUGAAAAAAUGAUCGGCCACAGGCCUGGCAUCUUUUGGUGCAUGUGCUGGAAGUACAUCAGCCCUGUAUUUCUCCUGAUCAUCUUCGUAUGCUCGAUCUUAACUCACGAAGACAUGCUCGGUGAGGAGUACAAGUACCCGAACUGGAGCCUGCAGGUCGGUUACAUCCUGACCGGGUCGUCCAUCAUCUGCAUCCCCCUGUACAUAGUGUAUAAGUUUGCGAUCACCCCCGGUAGCUUUGUACAGAGAUGGAGAAUGAUCUGGCAGGCGGAGCAUUCGUCGGAUAACGCGCUGACGUACUGUGGUGGUACCGAGGUGUGACCAGAAUCCGCAGUUACCAGAUCCUACACCAUUGAAUGGUUAGUUUAGCGGAGUUUCGUAGAUAAACUCCUAGAGUUGCCGAUUUUUUUUUAAAAAAUUGUCUAAUAGAAUAUAAGUACCUGGUGAUGUGGUUAUGGUUUAAAAAAAUAGAUAUUUCGCUGAUGAUGGAAAAAAAAUGGUUGGUUCGUCAAGCAUCAAAGCGGAUUAAAGACAAAAGAAAGAAAAAAGGGGCCCUAUGUUAUGUUGUUUUUUCCGCUGUCAAAAUGUUAGGUUAUGGUACGUCCCCAUUUCAACAAGUUCGUAUAAAAAUUAAGCAGCCAAAGACAAAUGUCAAAUACGAUUUUUCAUCUCGUUAUUACCGAAGCUUUUACUUUUGUUAUAUCAAAAGUUGAAACGAUGCGGUUUUAGACUUGCUUAAAAUAAAAACUCAUAAACCUUUCGAAAAUAUUACUCAGAAUGUGAAUUUCAUACCGAAACAUUAGACGAUCUUUCAGGAACGUUGGAAAGAAGAUUAGCUUCGACGUUAUCAAAAUUAAUUGAGUUAAAUGUGGAUAUCAUCAGCUUAUCAAUUAAUUUGAUACAAAAGAGGUCCAAGAAUUGAACCUUGUGGCACUCCCGAACAAACUGCAGCCUGUAAUCAAAAUACGGCUGGAAAAAAGAUACAGAUCGAUCACUGAAACAGUAAAAAACAGUAAAAAAACUAAUAUUUCUUUCACUGACAAAGCAAAAUUUGGCAGCCAGUUAAUGUGAGGAGAAACAUAACUUAAACCAAACGAAAAUCACUUUUAAAAACGUCUAUAAACAAAUUUACCUUUUACCGGUGCCCUUCUGUCAUUUUCGGUGUUUCUUAAAGAGUGAAAAAAAAUCAUUUUUCAGAUUUUUUAGAUUCAAACUAGGGUUACUCAGCUGGGCGUCAUCAGCAUAUGACAAUGUGGACAACAAAGGUCCAAGAAUUGAACCCUGUGGCACUCAAGUCAAGUAAGACCAGUAUCGUUCAAACAUUUUCAUUCAAAUUCAAUCAUUAAUACACAGUAAAGCAGCAAGCGUGUCAUGAUUUGGACGAAAAUUGACUGGUUUGAUGUAAUUAUAUUACGAUCAGUUGUAUACGAAAGUACUUGCUGAUAAACAACCUUCCCCAAUACCUUGCCAUGCACAUGUAAUUGACUGAUCAUCGAAGCCGAAGCAACCUUCGGAAUUGGGAAAACUUUGUCUGUUCUCUGUAUGUAUGCAAAGUACCCAGUCUGAUCAAAAAAACAGAAUUACUUAUUCUAUUGUAUUUGCAAAAUCCAAUCAGUAUCCGCGCUGGUACUGGAAAAAAUAGACAAGAAGUAGUUGUUGAUAAUUUGUGGAUAUUGCAAAAUUUGUUUGGGUUUGCUCAGCCUAACUGUUUAACUUGGCCAUGAGUGCCAAAAAGGGCUCUUUCCUCAAUAUUUUUAAUAUAACAAACAUUAAACAGCUAAAAUGGCAUAUUUUGAAUAGUUUUUCAUGCGCAUCUUUAGUAUAUCCCUAAUCGGCGAAAUAUCUAUGAAACAUAGCGGUUUUUAUUGGGUAUUAAGGGGCAGCCAUUUAAAAUCCAAUUACGCCGUUUUGAUUGUUAGUUUUGGUUAUUGUUAGGUGUGAUAAAUGUUUAAAAUAAAAAACGUCGAUACAACGUGUAAGUAAGAAACAAACAAAAAUGUUGAGUUUGGAAGAAAUGGGUAAAACUUAGACCGCUCAUCGGUGUAUAUAAAAAUUUAAUUUAUAUGAAGAUUUUCGAUUAUGGUGAUAAGUCUGGUAGCAGCCAAGACCAGUCUUAUCGAAACCACGUGCGAAGGACCCUUAGGCUUUAAAGCAGCGUUUUGUAAAAACAAAUUAAAUUGUAGAUGUGUUAUAUUUCAUAGUUGUGAUAAGAAUAUACACGGUGUUCUAUACAAAUAUUUCUCAGGAUAAAGUUUUCGAAAAAGUGCCUCAAAUGCGAGCAAAAAACAUUUUACCAAAGAUACCCCUCGAGUGGAUUUUGGGACACCGUGUAUAACAAACUGCGAGUAUUUUUACUAGACAAUAUAAAUUACGACGUACUUACGAUAAAUUUGAAGUAAAACAUUGGCUUGCUCAUGAUUUUGCUCUAUUAAUCAAAAAAAAAAAAAAAACGCACGUUGUUCGAAAGCAAAUUCGUUAAUUUUUUGAGUUUUUGUUGACGAUUAAGAAGACGCUUAAUCUAUACAAGGCCUGUAUAUUUUACGCUUGAAAUGACAGCCAUAUUUCAAGUUUUUUUUUCCGUAAAACAAAGGCCUACCAGAAAAAAUGCAUAUAUUUUCGCUAUUUCAUUCCGAGAUAAUUGUUUAACGACGUUGUAAAUACCCUUUUGUAUGGGCCCUUAAACCUUUUACAGCCAGAAGGGAUUAAGGGCUUGG